AACAUACCAAUGAUACCAUGAUCACUUCAUUUUCUCCCCAUCCAAACAAAAUUAUGAAAUCAUAUCACUAUUCUUAAUUUUCUUUCCUUUUUCACUUAUACAUCCAAUCCAACCAAAGGAAAAAUGUUCCUAUAAGGAGUAGGGGCAGACACAUUCGAAACUUACUCGGACUCUGAGCGCCUUGCCUCUCCCUCCGCCGCCAUCCGCCAUACUCCGGGCACAGGUUGUUACCGUCCUCCGCACUCCGCCGUCUACGACCUUCCUAGCUGUCCUCACCAGAAGCAAGUGCGGCGGCGCUAUGGUCAAUAGAAACUGAAAUUCACCAUCACCAUCACCAUCACCAUCACGAUGCUGUACAUAAUCGGUUUAGGGUUAGGCGACGAGCGAGAUAUAACACUGAAAGGACUAGAAGCAGUGAAGAAAUGCGACAAGCUUUACAUGGAAGCCUACACUUCCCUCCUCUCCUCCGGUCUCACCACCACCGCGCUCGAAACCCUCUACGGCAAACCCAUCACUCUCGCCGACCGAGAAUUCGUCGAGGAACGAGCAGACGAGUUUCUCUCUGAAGCUCGCAACGCCCAUGUCGCGUUCCUCGUUGUUGGGGACCCGUUUGGAGCUACCACUCAUGCUGAUCUCGUUGUUCGAGCAAAGAAGAUGGGGAUUGUUGUUGAAGUAGUGUACAAUGCUUCGGUGAUGAAUGCUAUUGGGAUUUGUGGGCUUCAGCUCUAUCGUUAUGGCGAGACUGUGUCUAUUCCGUUUUUCACUGAGACUUGGAGACCUGGUAGCUUCUAUGAGAAGAUUGAGAGGAAUCGAAGCAUGGGGUUGCACACUCUUUGCUUGUUAGAUAUUCGAGUGAAGGAACCCACACUUGAAUCUCUGUGCAGGGGUAGAAAAACUUAUGAACCGCCCAGAUAUAUGACUAUAAACACAGCCAUUGAGCAGCUGUUGGAGAUUGCGCAAGCACAUGAAGAACCUACAUACACUGAAGAUACCGAAUGUGUUGGGUUCGCUCGGCUUGGAAGCGAAGAUCAGAUGAUAGUAGCUGGAACAAUGAAGCAGUUGCAGUUGGUUGACUUUGGAGCACCUUUGCAUUGCCUUGUCAUAACAGGGAAGACCCAUCCCUUGGAAACAGAAAUGUUGGAUUUCUACAGAUGCAGGACCUAGUGGUCAUUACGACAAAAGUACCAUUUUAAGUCAGAAAUGGCUUGUUUGAUUAUGUUGAAGGAGCCCUUAUAUUUUGUUCUUUUGUGAAAGCUUUUGCUUGUCAAUUAGGGACUAAAGUUAGAAAGAAAAAAAGCUAGCAACACACUCUUUUGAACACACUCCUUAACACACUUAAAUGUGUUCACUUUUAAAAAAUUAAA